CGUAGACACCCACACAGUCAGUUUUCACCGUAGUUUCUAACCACAUCGACGUCGCCGAGUGGAUUGGAGUGGAGACUGUACCGUUCGCUAGUAGCCGCUCACACAGACAGACGCACGUACCGCUACUGCUGGUACUCGUUCUCUUCUCCGGUUGAUCGACCCGAGUACUUACGAUACUUACACUUACACCGGAGAGACGCGCAGACGAGGCGGACAGACAGGACAAGGGCACCAUCUUCUUCGCGGUGUAUACGUCGUGUGCAUAGAGAGACGGACUCUGAUAGCGGCGCAGGACGACGCGCGUGGGCGAGUGUCUCUCUCUCUCUUUCUUUCUCUUCAUCGCAGUAAAAUUAUUAUUCCCGAGGACGGUCCGCGCAAUCACACACAUAGUGCAGUGCGAGUAGUAUACAGAGAUAAUUGGUGCUGAGGUUAUGUCAACUGGAGCACUGCGGUGCAGCAGCCGUAGUUCCCGGGUCGCAGCCUAGCACACAAUAACUACGAAGACGACAUACGUCUUCCACUGCGCCGCCGGCGUCCGUAUCGUCGUUGUUUCUCUGUGCGAAGGAGGAGGAAGUGUUUCGCGCGGAGACUCGGGGAAGGACUUUGUAUGAUUUUCCAUGCUACGGAAUGCAGCGGAUGAAAGGGCAAUCCAACAGUCAAGAGUGUACUUUUCUGUGUGCAGUGAGCAAUGGUCCAAAGGAACAUCAGCAGCCUGGCGAUCACUCGACUGGGGAAGACAUUGGCUUUGAGUCUUGGCGAGGCGGCAACAGCACUCAGCACCACUCUAGCUAUCCCAUUGGCAGCAGUGGCAAUGACCACUAUAGCCCGUAUUACGCAGGCACCUCAUUCCAGUAUCAGACCUUUGGUGCUGGAGAUGGCACCUGGUCCAAUGGUACUGAUCCUGUAACUUUUCUACCUGGUUAUGGAGGACAGAUGAGCCAUGAUGCCUAUGGCAUGGAAGGGGUAUUUUCCACCAAUGCAGGAGGUAGCUUUGGAAACUUUGGUCAGCCCACUUUCCCCAACUAUUUUCAUGGAAACGGUGACUUCAGUGCCUGGGGCACUCCUAAUAGAAAGGCCAGAUACGAGGACUAUUACCAGCAUCGCAGUGGGGACAGCUAUGGCGCCUCUAGCAUCGGGGAUAACAAGGCAAUAGAGCAGGGAGUUCAGGGGCUAUCUAUUGGCAGUAAGGUUCAGAGGCAAGAUCAGCCACCACCGCAGCAACAGCAACCGCAGCUACCACCUCCUCCACAGCAGCAGCAGCAGCAGGUUGCACCGGUGUCGAGCCAAACCGUCCCGGCCAAGCUCGAACCCAAGGAGCCGCGCAAGAUAACAUGGGCGAGCGUAGCGAGCCAACCGGCCAAGCCGGUGCCACCGCUCUCAUCGACCCAGGGCACCAAGAAAAAGACGGGCAUCGCUCCACCACCCAUCAUCCCGGGCAAGCACAACAUGGACAUCGGUACCUGGGGCGAAGGUAAGGCCUCGAUGCCGCCGCCCAAGGCGCCACCGCCACCUUCGCCGCCGACAGUUCAGCCGGGCCUACCGUCACCCCAGCCAACCCCAGCUGCAGCAGCAGCUAUGCAGAGGCAACAGCAGCAGCAGAGAGGACCACCGGCCACGGUUGGAGGAACACCGGUCGGCACCUGCUGGAACAGGCAACCCCAGAGCCCGCCCUCACCCUCGGCACAGUUGCAGAUGCACCAUCAGCAGUUCCCGCCGCAGCAGCCGCCUAAUCAGAAUAAUCAGCAUCCACUGCAAAGCCAGCCUCAGCAUCAGCAUCAACAGCAGCAGCAACAGCAGCAGCAACAGCAGAUGCAGCUCCAGACUUCUCAAAACAUGUCACACCCGGUUCUAGACGAACUAAAGGUGAAGAACGACUACAAUCCGGUGGAGUUUGACCAGACGGCGCCAGGUGCUCGGUUCUUCGUGAUCAAGUCCUACUCAGAAGAUGACAUCCACAGAUCGAUAAAGUACGAGAUCUGGUGCAGUACAGAGCAUGGCAACAAGCGACUGGAUCAAGCAUACCGCGAGGCCUCACGUGACUCUGCGCCUCUUUAUCUUUUCUUCUCGGUCAACGGCUCAGGACACUUUUGUGGUAUGGCUCAGAUGGUCUCCUCGGUCGACUACAAGAGCAAUAGCUCGGUCUGGUCGCAGGACAAGUGGAAGGGCCAAUUUCGCGUACGCUGGAUCUAUGUCAAAGACGUACCUAAUGUCCAGUUACGCCACAUCAAGCUUGAAAACAACGAGAACAAGCCAGUGACGAACUCGCGCGAUGCCCAGGAGGUGCCGCACGCCAAGGGAGUGCAGGUUCUGCGCAUUCUCCAUAGCUAUCGACACUCGACGAGUAUUUUCGAUGAUUUUGGUCAUUAUGAAAGACGCCAAGCGGAGGAGGAUCAGCGUAAGGGACCACCGCCAAACAUGCAGCACAUACCGCCAUCUAACAACAGAGUCGGUGCCGGCAGGGGACCCCAUCCAGGCGACAUGCCGCCCAGGGACCAUAAUCAUGGACCGCCCAGUCACCAUCAUCCGCAUUAUCAACGCAGAGAUCGAGAUCACCGUGGUAGAGGAAGAGGAGGCUCACGUCAGUAGCAGCGACUGGUUGAGAAACUCGUUACUACAUACGCUAGUAUUCGACGAAAGGGAAUGAGCUAUACUAUCUCUUCGCUUUUUCCGAGUAAUGGACUACUUCAACUUGACGCCACAAUCAGAAAAAGACCGGUCCUGACAAAGUCGCUACUGACGAUGAUGACAAUGAUAAUAAUUAGCGUCGCGCUGAGCCUUGCAAGUAAUCCUGUAUUUUAUUUAAAAAUAAUUGCUAGAUGGACCAGAAGCAGCAGCCGGAGGGUACCAUUGAAAGAUGAUAAGAGUUUAAUAGUGCGGUGGUGUCGUCAUUAUGUGCUUUGACUCUAUUGCUAAAUGGUGUUUAUUAAAAUGCAAACGAUUUGAACUUGAUUAUAGAUAAAAGAACAAAAAAAAAUCGCAAAAAAAGAUAUAUGUAUAUGAAUAAAUAUAAAUAAGUUAAAAUGCAUAACACAAGGCAAACAGGACACCGAUUGAUUAAUUUACGAAGAUAAGCGGAAUGAAGAAAAUCGCAUAAGGGCGAACUGUAAUACUACGACACGAUGUGGACACUAACUCUUGUAUGAUGCUUGAUGAACGUACUUUUGUUGAAAAUGUUUGAAGAAAUUAUAUAUAUAAGCGCAGCGAGCGAUUAUUGUAAAAGAGUGUCGUUUGACUUUAUUAUCAAUUUAUACUUUGAAACUUCUACGGACACGAGAUUUGAAAUAAACGAAGAAGAAAAAUUAACGAAUACAGAAAUGUACACAUAUACACAAACGUAAACAUAAAUGACGGUGCCGGCGUAUGAAUAGAAUGCAAGUAUAGGUAUAUAUUUAACGAGUAUACCUAAAUGGAAAUGAUUAUUGUACUGAGAGUAAUGUAAAACACAGAGAAACACAUAUUACUGAAGUAUAAAAUAAAUUUAUAAAAAAAGAUAGAACACAGCAAAGCAAAGAAAACUACCAAGUCGUGUUAUCUGUACUUCUGCGAGGCGAUCGAUGAUGAUGAUAAUAACAAUGAUGGUGAUUGAUUAUAAUCAUUGUAACUUUUUGUGAACAAACCUCACGCGACACAAUUCUUAUUGUUAACGAUAUCUGUUAUUAUUUUUCUCUUAAAACUGUGUAGAAAAAUGUAACUUCUUAAGCAAGUUUACGUUUUUAAAAAAGGGAUUAAAAAAAGAUGAAGUAAAAAGUAGUGAAGCUUUCCAGCGACGAAUGAUAUCUUUUUAUACUAAACUUGUGCGUCUCUGUCUCUCAGUCUCUUCCUCAUGCUUCGCACGUUCGGAGCAGACUUUUACAUGUUUUGAUAAUAAGUUUAAGAAUUUCUUCAAUUCUGCGCAAGCGAUCAAGGUAACUUUUUGUGAUUGUUCUUUUUUCUUUAAUCUCCAUACAUCUCUAACAAAAAGGAAAGAAAGAAAAAAUUCAAGCUAAUGAAGAUGAGAAAAAAAACGAAAAUAAAUGAGUGAAUUAUAUCGUCGUUCCUAGCAGUUGUAAAGUUUUUUCGCGUUUGAUAAAUGACGAAAAACUAAAAAAAAACAAUUACGUGAGUGACACGCUAGAUACUAUGUUGUUUAAAAUUAAAAAGCUAUUGUUUCUGAGGAAAAAAUCUUCUGUAUUUCGCCUUUAUCUUACAAUGUUUAGAGUAGAAAAAUCGAUGAUAAAUGUUAAUUUUAUUCGAUUACUUGUAGCGGUUUCCCAGCAUGUAGCAGUUUGAUUGUUGAUUGUAAAAAAAGUUGAAAAGAAAAGACGAGUGUGUGCACGAGAGGAGAGACUAACUCCGAUGGCGAACAGCGGUGUGAAAUUCCGUUGUGCCGUUUCUGAUUUGCGUGAAAUAAAGGAAAAAUUCUUACGUUGA